UAACCUCUCUCCUUCAUGGACUUCUCCAGAGUCUCAAGAUCACUCUACUCGGAAAACUUGGGUGGAUCUUAUCCACAGCUUUUCGUGUGGGGAUCUCUGAUAACACAAUCUUUCCAGCCACUUCUCUUCUCCCGACAACCAAACAGAAACCUAGAAAACAACAAAGAGAAAAGCAGAGCAAGGGAGAAAAAAAUGUCUCUAGCUUCUUCUUCAAUCCCCUGCGUUAAAAUCUCAAGUUCUUCCUGUUCUUCCUCAACAACAACGACCUGUCCAUCAUCUUCUUCAUCUUCUUCCUUCAAAUUCUCUGCCACUAAGGCUUCAAUUACCAUAAGGAAUUCAAAAGCUGAAGGACCUAUUAGGAGACCAGUUGCCCCUCCUUUGAGACAACCCUCUGCUCCUGUCAAACCUGUCCCUCCAUCUCCAUCACCUUCUCCGUCUCCUCCUUCAGGCCCUAUGGAGCCGGUCUCAGUGGCUGAGGUCUCCCAGGUAUCGGAUCCUAAUGUAAUUACUAUGGAGUUUCAAAGGAAGAUGGCUAAGGAGCUCCAGGAGUAUUUUCGGCAGAAGAAGCUCGAACAGGCGGACCAGGGACCCUACUUUGGAUUCGUUGGAAAGAACGAAAUUGCUAAUGGCAGACUUGAUCCGCAUUUUGGAUGAAAUGUCUGUUGCUCUAUGUUGAAUGGCUGAUAUGCAGAUGGGCAAUGUUUGGCUUUGCUGUUGGGCUGCUGACAGAGUACGCAACAGGUUCAGAUUUUGUUGAUCAAGUAAAGAUCCUUCUCUCCAAUUUUGGUAUAAUUGAUCUGGAAUGAUUCUUCUGCUUGAUCUUCAUCAUCAUCAUUCCCCUCUCAUUGUUGUAAUCAUAUUCAGUCUAUGUUCUGUAACUUUUUAGGGAUUCAGUGUGUGUUCACUAGAUUUGAUUGUCUUGCAAUGUAUUUUCACUAUCGUUUUUACUGUAAGAAUGUAUAAGCUCUUUAUUUUUGCCA